AUGUCCAGUUCACCAAACAAAUACAACGUGUUUUGCAACGUUACAUUUCCCCGAAUCGCACUCGAUUUCUCGCACACUGUAAGUCAUGUCCAUUUGCAUCUAGCAGCUGGAUAAGUUAAAAAUUCCUAGCCGCAAUUCCGACGGUUUUUUCGAUUUGAGAGAACACUUGGAUAGGCUUUUAAUAUUAAUUAUCGUGCAGCGUAACCUCAAAACGCUUAUUUAAUGCCUGUACGGCAGCUUGAAAUAUGUCUUAGUGCAAACAUAUGCAAACACAUUAUUUCUUACACGUGCUUAAUAGAAAACCACGUUUUUCUAGGUUUUAUACUUGAGGCGAGUGUAGAUAUGAGGUUGCACUACGACUGCACUCUUUGUACUUAUUAUGUAGGAAAAGUAAUAAAUUCUCAAUUUUUUGUAAGACGUCGUCAUUAAGGAUUUAUGUGAUUUUGUCGUCGCCGCGUACUCUGAUUGCUUUUUAAGCUGCGCUGAAAAGCGUAGAGAUACAAACGUUUUUAAAAUCUCGAAACCGGUAGACUUUUUGAAACCGAAAUAUGAGGUUUCUUCAAUAGAAACUUAUUAAAUAUAUACAUAGUACACUACGAAAUAUUGUACAUGUUUUUAUGGAAUAAGUGCAUCGCCCGUAAACGAAUAAAACGGUCAUUCUGAAAAGAGUGAAACUUUUGGAGAAUUCUCGCAGAAUCAAACCAAGCAGCGGAUAUCCUAUAUUGGCUGACAUUUUUUGAGACGAGACUUUGCAAUGCUCGGUGUCGCAAGUAUUUCUUUCAAUUUUUGGGAUUUUUUUCAAAGUACGUUAACACUUUGUGAGUAAUGGCGGGUGCUUAUAUCUUACUAUAAUGGGCACUUAAUCAUUACAUUCGCAUAUGCCCUUAAAUCCACUUCAAGUAUUUUUCUUUUGGCGCAGGUAAUCCAGUCAUAGACUAGAUCGAAGUGGUGAAGGAUAAGUCAAACAUGAUGUCUAGGGAUAUAAUAAGCUAAUCACUCUUAAUGAAAAAUCUUAAUGCAUAACUUUUCUCUUAUAACAGUCCUAAGACACUACGUAUUUUGGCAUAUGGUUAAACGCAGCUUAUUCUUUCAGCACACCUUCUAAGCAACUCCAAGUUGUGCAGAUUAAUGUGCAUAUUUAUGUUAGCAUUUCUUAAUAUUCCUUAAAUGGACAAAGAGACAUUCUAAUGUGUCGGUUACCUAUGCAAGUUUGUUUGACUUCUAGGCCCACGUCUCAGAUUUGAAUACCCAUAAGGACGCGACCAUUAAGAGUUCGGAGCAAAUUGGCUUUACCAGCAUUGACGUAUCUGGCAACGUCCACUUUGAGUUGAGCUACGAGGACCAGAUAAUUGGCACUGAUGUUCUUCGUAUGCUUUACGUACUUCCAGAUAUAUUCGAAAAAAUAUACGUGAGUGUUAUGGAGAACAGUCUUAUGGUCCGAAAACCGCAGUUGUUUUUGGCGAUAGGUCAAGUUCAUGCACUUGCUCUUCGUCAGGAUAUAAACUGGCAGCUCCCCUUUUGUACAUAUCCCUAGGGUGCUUGUUUAAAAAGAUAUAAUAUAUGUAUAUAUUUAUAAACUACCAUUCAACGCCUUUAACUUCUCUGACCGAUGGAAAAUUCUCAAUAAGUUUUCCGCGCAAUCAAUAUGGUUGCUAGAUUAGCGCAUAGUCCGAGUCAAUUAGGCUCCACCAAGUUCACGCCUUCAGUGGCCGUUGCAGAAUAUCUAGACGCAUGCGAUACAAUCAGUUAGUCUAUUGUGCCCCAUUACAUCAGAUGGUGUUCAGCCAACCCGGAGGACGAAGUAUGAGUGGAAGGGGCUAGAGUGAAAGAAACAGGGGACGAAUCUGGUGACCAAGUUAGUCUGCGCCUUAAACGCAUCCGUGGCUUUUAAUAAUCACCCUCUCAAUCAUGCUCUUACGAUGAGCCAAGAAAAGUGGCAUGAAUAAGUCCAGAGAAUCUCUUUUCAGAAAUACGAAUUCCUGAUUGUUGUUGAGCUCCAAUUGACAGAUCCUUGAAGUAGCAUUGGAUGUGUGCUCUAAAAAAUCCAGCAACUGACACAUAGCUUUAAUUUGCCUUUUUGUGAAUCCAUGCUGUUUGCCUCGAUUAAAAUGAUUUGUCGACUAGGUAUAUCGUAAGAGAGAAAGUCGGGCAUGUGUGUCAUCAGACCUUAGAGUUCUCUCUUAGCCUGGUUGAUCUACACUUCACCUGCGCAAACCGACCUUUCUUUCCCAAUGAGCGUCAUCGAUUUCGAUGGCGAUGCGUUGUAACUCGGGCCGCCUUCCCACAAUCAGACAUUGUGAAAUACCGUUCAAAGCAUCAGUCCCAUACAAUAGGAAAGCGGCCAUUUUUAGAGGUAGCGCAGAUCUUCCCUUGCAAGGAGGACCUUAAAAGCGUUUUGUUAAAUAUCUCUUUAAAAUGAACCGUCGACAUUCAACCCAAGGUUAGUGGACGUAAACGUUUACGGUCAAGAGAAACUACAAGCAAGAAUACGUACCCGGACAGGUUUACUAAAAAGAAUAUUGCCAAACGACUGGUAAAACCCGUCACACCGACGGCUGAAAAGAAAACUUCUUUAAAGUCCCUUUCCAAUGGGACGCUGCGAGUGAACUCCUAAGGAGACGCCUUGAUUAAGCUAUUUCGCUCACCUUCCUAGCGGCAAGGGUUCAAGAAUCCUUCUCUAAGAACCCUAUUUUACGCGGAGAAUGUACGGAUAUGUUGCCACCACAGACCACUUCAAUGUGCAUCUAUUCCUUCACUCGCGUCUGUGAAGCAGAUUGCAUUGGUCGCACAAGUCGGCGCUUAUCCAAGAAAAUAUGAGAUCACCUCCCUCCAUUGCUGGGAAAAGGUUAAACUAGGAGCAUAAGCAGCGCCAUUUACGCGCAUUUUGUCGAUUCCGGACAUCAGGUAGAUCCCUAUGAAGCGUUUCGUCUGAUCCAUAAGGUCCAACAGAGCUAUUCUUAACCGCGGGGACAAUGCCUGUUAGCAACAGCAGAGGCAGCCGCCCCUCCACCACAUUCCAACACUCAGCCUGUGUUUUAAGGCGAAUUUAAAUAGAUUUAUUUUAUCACUAACGUGUUUUUACUUCUUCCCCCCUCCCAUAUAUUUGUACUCGCCCGACGAAAAUUUCUCGCAAGCUAUGUAUGCUCGCCCCCUCUUCUUUUGAUAACUGCUAUGGACAAUUUGCAAAUCAUAUCCGAGUGCGUUAUACGAGUCUUCCUCCUUUAAACCGGAAAAUGACAGACCGCACGAAAUGCGGACAUUACUGUCCGCCCGAGAUAAACUUCCUUUUUAGGCAGAAAUGUCAACAGUCUAGGGGACCUGCUUCUUUGGAUAUGGGCAGACAGACAAGACCUGUUUUAUUAAUUUCACCCCCUUCCCAUUUAUUUAUCCUGGCCCGACGAGAAUUAGUAAAAAACUGCGUAUUCUCGCCACCUCGUCUUCUGAUUACUGCUAUGGGAAUUUUUGCAUUUAAAAAAAAAACAAAAUAGCAUACUUCCUUUUUCAUAUCCGAGUGCCGUCACGUAGGCCUUCCCCCCUUAAAUCGAAACUUGGUAGACCGCGCGAAAUGCGGACAUAUCCGACCGCCCGUGAAAAACUUCAUUAUAAGGCAAAAAAUGUCAACGGUCAGUAGGACCUACUUCUUCGGAAAAGGGCAGACGGACAAGAUGAGUGUCACAUACAGCUUCUGCUGGACCAUCAAGUGUGGAGUGAUAAGAUGCCGCAGUCGCCGUCAGCCCGAGAAAGUUCACUGAGAGGACUGAGGUGCCUGGCGGGGGCAAAGGUUAGCGUUGUCCUUAUCUGGGAUGGAUUUGUCCUCGUCACCUGUUUCUGUACCACUUUCCUAGGUGCCCGACUCCAACAACGUGAGCUGUAGGGCCUACGAAAGCGUUUAUUUUUGUCCUAAGGGGAGAGACUUAGGUAGGAACAACUAAUCCCUUGGACAUCCACUACCCGCGAUAACACAGAUAAUGUUGUUUGGGUAGAAAUAAUUGGCUUUACUUAUCUAAGAUCUACAGGAAGCCCAGUAUUCUUGCAACAAAUCUGACACACAUCCUAAUUCUGAAGGCGAACGCCAUUAGAGAGACAUCAUAGGGGAAACUGGGUGAUUUCAUGUAAUGCAAAGUAACAGGCGCAUGCAAUCCCAUACAAUGUCAAAACUAUAACAUGUUUAAUUAAAAGAAUAGAUAGGUAGAGAAUUUGCUGGUGCAAAGAGAAAAAUAGACACAACAUUCAUGAAAGACAAAUCUGGAUCAAAGUAACCUAAUUCCGUAAAAUAAUGGGAUGUCUCGCACAACUGCAAAUGAGUCGUGAGCGACCACAGUCAAAUAGGAGCCUAUAAAUAAAUCUGGCAAACACUUAUACGUUAGCAGACGGCAAAUAUUUUGAAUCAAAUCCUACUGUAGCGUCAAAAAUGACGUAUCUUGCAUGGUGGACAGUAAAAGGCGAAAAAGCAAUAAUGAAUGAAUAUAUCUUUCGCCAAUUUCGAUAUUUAGGUGUAAGAAUCUUGUCAGCAGUAUUCAGAUUGCCUAGAUAAGAUAACGGUUAGUUUAAUCCAACGCUUUGUGCGCCAUAGCCUUUUUGUUCAUUUAAUGUGCACUUAAACUUAGGAUCUCUGGCCCAUUUCGCGAGAACAGGCAAGUUGUAACCUAUUAUCCUGAGCAGUUAUGUGCGCAUAAAUCCGAUAGUUUUAAUAAAGUGACCUUUGGCGUAUCAAUGCCUACAUGCUCUGCCUAUAUGCUAAGCGUUUACAAGGAGGUGUGGGCUAGGUGCAGUUGGAAGCAAAAUUGGCCCAAUUAUGACUAAUUUUGUAUAGAACGUGCUAGAUUUGCACUCGAUUAUUUGAAGAUCAGAAACAAACAAGUUCAAGGGAGUGUUGUCGGGUUCACUCGCAAGUCACAGUGAGCAUGUACAAUCGCGCCAUGGGGAUCAGGAUUACGUUCGUAUUUUCCUUGAAAAUCAGCAAUUAGUAUAAAACAAUUCUUCACAAUACAAAUUGUAUGAGCUUUCGCAAUUUCUACACAUUGGAAGCGGUGUAAAACUUCGGAUUAAUGACCAAGACUGUUGGUUUGUCUGCCAUUAGUGAAUACACAUGCAUUUCAAACUACGUAUUUUGAAUUUCGCAGUUGUGUUCUAGGAAAAAUCGCCUCGAAUCGAAAUCUAGACGUCUCCGGCCGUACUCGCUGCAAAAUCUUUUUAGGGGGCAUGCAAGUAAUUGACAGUUGUAAUCCUAAAUUGCUCCCUUAACUCGUGUUCUGUGCAUGCGUUGAAAAACCUACGUUGUCCACUGCCUACAGUCGAUGUGAAAGUGACCACUGCCACUUUGUGUUUAUAGAGAGAACUUUUCUCCCGUUAAACUGAUUUAUACUUUCCAUUCAUUUUGGAUUACAUUGAGUUUCUGAUCGGCCUCGAAAUAUUGCUGAAUACUUCAUGAUUUUCAGUGUUUUCACCCAAUCGCCCAUGAAGACAGAUUCUGAGUUACCUGUCUCUUGAGAAACUUAAAAUAAGAUUGUUCUUGAAGGCCUUUACCGAACAAGUAAGUUUUCAAACGCUCCUUUUCAAGAAUGUGUUCGUUUGGGUCACAUGUGUAGACUCGUUAAAGAUCAAACUUUAUUUUCGAGAAAAAUAAUUGCCCACAGCAGAAGUAACGACGAAUAUGCCUUGGAUCAUAAAAAACUUUCUUUAACAAGUUAUCACUUUAGGAAGUGCUUUAUAACUGCACUCUUUCGACGGAUAUCUGUGUACUUUGCAUUUUUGUACGGCGUGGCCAAGUAGAAAUUUGACACUUUUGACGGUUUCUUUCCUGUCUCUAAACAAUAGUAAUAUUUCUCUACCGUAAACGCAAGCACAUGUCUUUCAAUAUGCAAUGAGGCCAUUUCACUGUUUUUUCUCGCUUUUAGACUCCGUUCGUCGAUCGUGAAUGCACGGCAGAACGCCAACACAAAUAUUAA